ACUCUCAGUGUCCCUGGGCAGCAGCCCGGGCGGCUGGCCUGGAGCUGGCGGGAGGCAUGGCGGCGGCGGCGGCGGCGGCGGCGGCAGCAGCGACGGGGGCGGGGGAGGCGGUCACCGGGGAAGCGGCGACCGGGCAGUCGAUGGGGAAGUCCAGCGUCCAGUCCAUCUUCUUCUCCCUGGAUUACGGGCCUGCGCCGGAGAGCCCCUCCACGGCGCUGGCCUGGCUGGAAACCCAGGGCCCAAACCUGGGCCACUUUGUGAACGGGAAAUGGCUGAAACCCGACGGUCAAGGCACCAUCACCUGUAGGGACCCAUCCUCAGGCGAGUUCCUGGCCAAUUGCUUCCAGGCCAAGAAUGAGGAUGUGGCUUUGGCUGUGGAUGUGGCGAAGAGGACUUUUGAAGAGUGGAGCCAGCUCUCUGGGGCCACUCGUGCCCAGCACCUGAUUAGGCUGGCAGAUGCCAUCCAUAAGCACCAGAAGCUUCUGUGGACUCUUGAGUCACUCGCAUCAGGCCGAGUGGUGCGUGAGAUCCGGGAUGGGGACAUCCCUCUGGCCCAUCAGCUGCUGCAGUACUAUGCGUGCUGGGCUCAGACUCAGGAGCAGGCCCUGUCGGGAUGGCAACCUAUAGGAGUGGCCGUCAUUGUGCUCCCGCCAACAUUCUCCUUCAUCGAGAUGAUGUGGAGGGUCAGCCCGGCUCUGGCCGUGGGGUGUACGGUGGUGGUCCUCGGCAGCCCAACCUCUGUGACCUCACUCCUUGUGGCCCAGCUGAGCGAAGAGUCCGGCCUGCCUCCGGGCGUCCUCAACGUGGUCAUGGGGGCCACCUCCCUGGAGACCUUGCUGCCCUCACUGUCCGGCGUCGUCAAGAUCUCCUUCUGUGGGACUGUGGAGGAAGGGAAGGCCCUGCGGAAGGCCCUGGCCGGGAGCGGCGCCGACCUGUCCCUGAACCUGGGCGCAGAGUCUCUGAUGGUGAUCACAGACACGGCCGACCUGGACUCGGCGGUGGAAGGGGUGGUGGACGCGGUCUGGUCUGACCGCAGCUCGGGUGGGCUGCGGCUGCUGGUGCAGAUGUCUGAGUGGGAACGGACGCUGUGGAGACUCAAGGCCCGCAUGGGCGGGCUGCGGCAGGGCCGGAGCCUGGACUGGGGCAUGGACAUGGGCAGCCCGGGGACCUCUGCCUGGGAGAAAGCCCAGAGCUACAUUCAGGAAGCCCAGAACCAGGGAGCCCAGGUAUUCCAGGUCGGAAAUGCCUCCCAAAAGAGCCCUUUCUUUCCCCCAACGCUGGUCCUGGGUCUGGCCCCAGCAAGCCCAUGCACCCAGAGAGAGGUGCCGUGGCCCGUGGUCGUGAUCUCCCCAUUCCGCACAGCAAAGGAGGCGCUGGCUAUGAUCAACGGUACCCCGAGAGGGGGCAAUGCCAGCGUGUGGAGUGAGCGGAUCACCUUGGCCCUGGACCUGGCCUAUGGGGUCCGAAUGGGCACCGUAUGGAUCAACUCCCACGGACUAAAGGAUGCGGUUGCCCCCGUGGGAGGCUGCAAGGAGACUGGAUCCUCCUGGCACGGCGGCCCUGAUGGACUCUACGAGUAUCUGUGGCCUGCUGGCCUCCUGCCCCGGCCCGUAGCGCUCCCAGAGGCCAUGGACUACAACAAGUUUGGCCUGUCCGCGCCACCCGUCUUGCCCUCUGGCCCCGACACCUCCCCUCCCAGCCAAACUGCCCCAUACGGGAUCUUCUUGGCCGGCCGCUUCCAGAAUCCUUCCAGCCGUAGCUCGAGGCCCAUCCUGGGCUCCAGCGGGACCGUCUACGCCCACGUUGCAGAGGGGGGCGCCAAGGAUAUCCGCACGGCUGUGGAAGCCGCCCACCAGGCCGCGGCCCUCUGGGUUUCUCAAGCACCAGGGAAGAGGGUAUCGAUGCUGUGGGCUCUGGCCGACGCGCUCUCCCAGAGGAGCCAGGUGCUGGCAGAACAACUGACGGAGGUGAUGGGCGUCGGCAUCACGGAAGCCCAGACUGAAGUGAUGCUCAGCAUUGCCCGGCUCCGGGCUUGGGGAGCCCGGGUCCAUGCCCAAGGAGCCGGCCUGCACAGUGCCGGGCACCAAGGCCCUUUUCUGCGCCUCCGAGAGCCCCUGGGAGUGCUAGCCAUCAUCUGCCCAGAGGAGUGGCCCCUGCUCGCCUUCGUGUCCCUCCUUUCUCCAGCCUUGGCCCACGGCAAUGCAGUUGUAAUGGUGCCCAGUGGGGCCUGCCCGCUGCCUGCCCUCCAGUUCUGCCAGGAUGUGGCCUCCCUGCUCCCCCCAGGGCUGGUGAACGUGGUGCCAGGGGACCGAGACCACCUCACUCGCUGCCUGGCCCUUCAUCAGGACGUGCCUGCCCUGUGGUAUUUCGGCUCUGCCCAGGGUUCCCAGUUUGUGGAAUGGGCUUCAGCCGGGAACCUAAAGGCAAUAUGGGUGAAUGGGGGUCAGAGCCGAUCGUGGGAUCAAGAGCCAGAGGGGGCUGGACCUGAGCUGUGCCUUCGGGCAGCCCGGACUAAGACACUGUGGCUGUCUUUGGGAGACAUCUGAGCCUCGACUUCCACUCCUGCACCCCAGUGCUGUGGGGCCUCUGCGAGAAUCAAGGCCAAAGGCCCAGGGAGCCCAGGCUUGACCCCCAAUCGUGGCUUCCAGCUGAAUAAAUGAUCUAACUUA